AUGGCAGACGCAGACGUCGACUUCCAGACAGGCGAUGCCGGAGCAUCCGCCACCUUCCCCCAGCAGUGCUCGGCCCUGCGCAAGAAUGGCUUCGUGGUGCUGAAGGGACGACCCUGCAAGAUCGUGGAGAUGUCCACCUCCAAGACCGGAAAACAUGGCCACGCUAAGGUCAGUGGUGCCUGACUGUAACCAUUUUUAUAGCUCUGGCUAGUGAGUGAUAAUAAGGAUGUUGUGUUCCAUGCAGACAUAAUUACAUUGAUCAGAGUAAUGAGGAAGAGUGGCUGUGGCUGUUACCUUGAAUUUAAUUCGGUAAGACAUUAAUCCAGUCAAAAGACGAAGAAUACUUUCUCACAUUUGCAGCGUUAUCCUGAACUUCACACUAUAUAUCUUGUCUAUGUGGUGUGUGUCUAUGUGGUGUGUCUAUGUGCUGUGUGUCUGCCAGCUUCAUAAACAGUUUGUGUUUUGUUUUCUUUAUGGGCAGGUCCACAUGGUUGGUAUUGACAUCUUCAACGGCAAGAAGUAUGAGGAUAUCUGUCCCUCCACCCACAACAUGGACGUACCCAACAUCAAGAGACUGGACUACCAGGUGAAGGGACAAAGUAGCGAGGAGGACAGAAAGGACGGAGGGAGAGAGGGAGAAGUAGAGAGAAAGAGAUGUUGCCAGUUUGAGUGAGAUGGCCAUUUAGCCAGAACUCACUCUCUAACUGAAUGGCCACGUCACUGGUAAUAGAUGUCCCUUGAGUAUUCUGAUUCCCUAUUUCUAAUUCCCUGACUCACGCCCCUGCCUCAAAUCAAAUCCAAUUUAAUUUGUCACAUGCGCCGAACCUGCCCUUGUUGACGCACACUGGAAGAUCUGAGUGGUUCUGAGGGCAUUGAUUAGGUGUCAACAGUAUCGUGAAGCCUCCCUCUAGCCUAUUAACAGACUGAGUGGAGACAUCAGCAUUUUUCCUGUACCAAUCCAGUGGGAAAGUGAGGGAAAGUCAAUGAGGGUAGAGGAACGCAUAGUAGAAUUUGUGCUGAUGUAGGUGAAGGUCAUUAUUUAGUAAAACACUGGGAUGGAAUGCCUUUGACCUACACCAGCACACGUUCCAAACUCUUUCAUGGUCCUUAGAGCUGGAUAGGGAACCUUGAGUAGGUAGCUGUUCUCAUUUUCAUCCUCUUGGGCUGGGAGACUCUGGCACUGUGGGUGGGGGUGACAGUCAGUUGAUUGGAGUGCCACAGGAGCUCUAAUUGGUAGACUGGCAGUGCAUUGGCAAUCACAAAAGGGGCAGAAACUAAAAGAAAGACCCUAUUUCACAUGUUGUCUCUAUCUUUUCUGUCAUCAUAACACAACCUUAUUGUCAUUUCUUCCCAUCCUUUCCCUCCCUCCUCACUUCCCCCUGCAGUUGAUUGGGAAUCACGGAUGGUUACCUGUCUCUGCUCCAGGACAGUGGUGAGGUGAGAGAGGACCUGAAGAUGCCAGAGGGAGACAUGGGCAAAGAGAUCGAAACCAAGUAUGACGCUGGAGAGGAGAUUCUGGUCAGUGGUGUUCCCUUUUCCUCCCUUCUUCUGCUUCUUCUUCUUCUUCUUCUUCUUCUUCUAUGAUUCUCCCUGGAGAGGAAAUCACCUACAGUAUGUCCCUAUUUAGCGUUAUGGUUUUGUAAGACACAGUGUUGCAUAGCUCUAAUCAGGUGUGUAGAUAGACAUAUCUGAUUCAUGUUUUCCUCUCCUCUUCUGAUCCAUGUACUGUGUGUGUUUGGUGGAAAUUCCUUACUUAUAGGUCGUUAUCAAUAAAAUGUCACAAUAGCGUUCGAUUUGGCUGCUGGGAGGCAAGGAGACCUCCAGCUCUGCUUAAACCAUUGACAACUAUGUGCCGUUUUCAAGGGAUUGUUAAAUAAAUGUUAUAACUAUUUGGUUUUAAUAUCAUCACCUCUUGUCAGAACUACACAUUUCCGAUUAUUCCACAUUUAGCUCUAUCACCAGAGUUAUACAGCAAUCAGUAAAGGUCAAUUCAUCAUGUAUUUUCAGAUACGUGAGGGUAACCAGAGCCAUUUGGCAUGUAGCUAGCUAGAUAGCUAAAGCAAACAACAUGUGUCAUUUAGUUUGCUUCAUCAGAGAUGAGCCUUUUGGAAAGAGCUUUUCAUCGUCCUGGUAAAGUUGUCAGUCAGACUACUGUCAUCACCACUAUAGAUGGCAAGCAAAUCAAACAAUAUUUGGAUAGCCAUCUAGUUUAUCCCCUGAAAGUUAGCUUGUUAACUAGCCAUAUUGUCGUGAUCUGUUAUUAGCUAGCUAGCCAAUUUUACGUGGUCCAUCAGUCAAUGUAGUCUAUCAUGUCUAUCAUUAGGUCAGUAACGUUACAUCGGCAAAUUCGCCCUUCUGCUGCUUGACAGGAUGGGAUAUUAACCUAAACCACUCAGGUAUAGAUCACUUUUAUUCAAAAAUCUAAUUAAUGGUGGCCAAUAUUGACAGAUAUCAUGAGGCUACCGUCAUGUAUCUGAAAUUACAUGAUCAAUUGAUGUUUACUGAUCAUGAAAAGCAUGCAGUUAUGCCUACUUGCUGUAGGUUUAUAAUUCUGAUGAUAGAGCUAAAUGUGCGCAAUUGUUUUGCAUGGAAUAAUCUGAAAUGUGAAGUUCUGACUAUGCUCUUCAAGAGGUGAUGCCAUUACAACCAAAUAGUUCACAUUUAUUUAAUAAUCCCUUGAAAACGGCACUCAGUUGUCAAUGGUUUUAGCAGAGCUGCGGGUCUCCAUGCCCCCCAGAAGGAAAAUCAAACGCUCUGUACCUUAUUGGGAUGUUUCAUUGAUAACAACCUAUUAUAGCUGCUAUUGUCACAUUGAACCCGUAUACUUCUGGGAAUUGAUUGUCCCUGUCACCAACUGUUCAAACUAUCAGAGAACACACUGGCUUAGCAUAGCAUGCAAAUACCCUCACUUCACAGUUAACAAUGAAGAUUGGCAGCACUAGAGAUACAUGGAAUUCAUCAGUAAGACUGUACCAAGCUCCCAGCAGCUCUCUGCAUUCCCAAGUCAACCGGCUGUAAAAGUUGAAGUGUUAUGGUUUGGGGGUAACAGUUACCUAAAGUCUCAGGGAAGGGGAUGAUGUCACAGCCUAAGAUGGCCACACCUAGUUUACUUCCACUACUCCUGCAAAGUUAUUUUUCUUAUAAUAAAAAACACAUACUUUUUGUUUGUUUCCCAGAUCACUGUUCUGUCUGCAAUGAAUGAGGAGGCUGCAGUUGCCAUCAAGGCCAUGGCUAAAUAA